UCUAAUAUUCUUUAGUUUCAGCCAUGGCAAAGAAACCUAGCAUUGGUCGUCAAAAGAUCAAAAUUGCCAAAAUAGAGGUCAAAAAUCAUCUCCAAGUUACUUUCUCAAAACGUCGUUAUGGUCUUUUCAAGAAAGCUAGUGAACUCUGCACACUUUGUGGUGUUGAAAUAGCUAUCAUAGUUUUUUCUCCUGCAAGAAAAGUUUUUUCUUUUGGUCACCCUAAUGUUGAGUCCAUUGUCGAUAGGUUCCUCUCAAGAAAUCAUAAUCCAGUUUCUAAUUCAUCACUUCAUCUUGUUGAGGCUCAUCGAAAUGCUAGUGUUCGUGAGCUCAAUUUGCAGUUAACUCAGAUUCUUGCUGAGCUUGAAGUUGAGAAGAAAAGAGGAGAAUCAUUUGAUCAAAUGAGGAAAACUAGUCAAAGUCAAUAUUGGUGGGAAGCUCCUAUAAGUAAACUUGGUUUGCAUGAACUUGAACAAUUAAAGGAUUCAAUGGAGGUUUUAAAAAAGAAUGUGACAAAUCAGGCAAGCAAGUUUAUGGUUGAGACUACUGCUAAUUCUUCUUAUUUUGGUGUUAAUGGGAAUGGAAUUUUUGACAACUAUGAUAUCAAGCCAGCUCGAAACAUGGCUGCUUCAAAUAAUCUUCAUAACCAUAAUUUUGGUUUUGAUUCGGCUGGAUUGUUUUAAUUCUUUUCUGGUCCGGCUCUUCCUCAGAUCCCGUGCAUGGCUGGAGCUUAGUGUAUCGGGCUAUCCCUUUUUUCCCCUCUUUUUAUCAACUAAAGCCAACGAGUACCUCACUAGUUGGUCUUUGCUAUAAGUUUCUCAAGUUCUCAGCUUGUGUAUUGAUUGCCUAUAUAUGAGCAACAACAAAUUGUUGCCCUUAUAAAUCAAUAUGUUUUUUUUUCCGCU